AGAAAGUAGGCAGCCGAAACAUAAACAUUAUCAAGACAUGAACAAAAAGAACUGCAAUCAGCAGUUUGUGAUGGUUGGAAGCCCCGAUAAGGAAGAUACAAGACCUUUUGUUUGGAAAUGUUUGGAUGAAAUAGGAAAUCGGGUUGAAAAACUUCGAGAAGAUGCUGCAAAAUUGGAAACAGAAAGAGAAGUGCUACUGUCAAUGUUACAGGGAAUACAGGACAAAACUAGUCAUAAUAUGCCAGAGGUAGAAGUUGAGAAAGAAGAUAUUGAAGCCAUGGCAGAGAGACUUGUUUGCCGAUGUCUCACUGUGGAAAUAGGUGUAAUAACACCAAGAUCUGAAGAACAGGAAGCAGCAUUAAACAAAGUGAACAAACUACUGCAUGAAAUUGAACAUCAAUUUACCAUUAACAUUGAAAAGUCACUCCCUAGAGCCAUUUCUUACCUAAACGCCUGUCUCACAGAACCUAUGGAGGGCCACAUAGACCACAGGUUUCAAGGAAUGGUCAUUGAAUGUACAAUAGAUGAUCAGAAGAAAAUCAAAAGGCGACUGCAAAGUUUAGUGGAGAUGUAUAACAAUACAGAGGAAUCGAAUGGUUGAUAAAAUCAGAUUUAUUGUAUUGUUUUAACUUGUACUUUGAUCCUGCUGUUCUGAAAUUAGCUCAAUAGGUUACAUGCUAGUAAUUAGCAGUAACUGCAUGCAUUCUCUGUAGAUUUUUGAAAGAUUUAAAAAGUAUUAUAUGUAUCUAUAUUCUUUUUGAGUUUCUUUGCAUAUACAUGUAUCAUAUGCUGGAUUAGAUUGAUGUGCUAAAUGCUUUUUAAAGGAGAUUUGUAAAAAUAUUUGUGAAAUUUGUAAAAACACUUUUUUAAAGUAUUGAUA